CUUAAACUGCAAGGCUCACUCUUUGCUCGCCUCCAAUAAUUCUGCCAUUGUAUAUUUUGCUGGUCAUCGUCGCUUGCCACUUCCAGUCAAGUCGUCGGACUGCCUGUCUUUCAGGCUCAAUUUUCAGCCACAAUAUUCAACCAGAAUUUUAUGCGUAUGGACAUAGCUAGGGAUGGAGUGCUAGCAAGCCGCAUAAAGUUUCAACGCUGAACCCCUAGGCCCUUCCAGCGGGGAUGGGGAAUUGUUUGAGCAGCGGUGGAAAUGAAAGGAAGCAGCAGGAGGUGCCGGCAAAUGGAGUUGCGGCAAAGUACGUCGCGGCGGAAGGGGCGAGUGGUGUGGACGAGAAGCCGAAGACGACGUUUGAUGCCUCCCAAGCAGCUCAGGAGCAGAAGGCCGCGCCCGACAAGGAGUAUUUCUCCCCGUUUCAAAGCAGCAGCGUGUCGGAUGCCACGUCCACGCAGCCUAGCGCAGCGGGCCCGUUUACCACAGUGGAAAGCAACGUUCCGCCCAGCGUGCGCUCCGGCAAGGAUGUGUUAUCAGGCGACUUAGUAGCAGAUCCUCCGAAAAGGCCGGGACGAGUGGCGGAUAUGCCAACGCUGCCCUCGCUCACCUCGCUGAACACCUGUGUCAAGGUGGUGCCUCCGCCCCCGCCGGCGCAGCUGCAGCAACAGCAGUCGGAGGGCGCUGGAGAGUCUAAAACGCUGUACAGGGAGGUGGACGACGAUGAGGGGGCAGAGGAAAUCACGUGCUACCAGGGGGGCUGUUGCGGCCCGGUGACCCGCAAGGAGAUCAGUUUUGCAAACUGCAGAAUGGACAGCGGGGCGUUGCGGCAGGGGCAGUUGGGCAUGCCCCACGACGUCGUACAGUACGGCGCGCCGCGGCCUGCCAACGAGGAGGGCCGCAUGGCCACGGUGCGCGCACUGCGCAACAUGCAAAUCACCGAAUGCCCCGAGCUCGACCUCAUUUGCAAGGUGGUGUGCCGCGUGUGGAACGCACCGGCCGCCUGCAUCACAUUGCUGGACAGCGACCACGUUUUCAUCUGCAGCGGCGAGGGCGGCUUCAGCGCGUGCCACCGGCCCUGGGCCAUCGCCAUGUGCCCCUGGAUGCUGCUGACCCCCAACCCCACAGCCAUGGCCAUCAACGACCUCAAGGAGGACGCGCGCUUCAGCAAGUCGCUGCACGUGUCCGGCGGCACCCGCUCCUACCUGACCUCGCCGCUGGUGGCCAGCAACGGACACCGCCUGGGCGCCAUCUGCUUCACAGACACCAAGCCGCGCAGGUUCGACGCGGGCGACUGCCGCAUGAUGAACAACUUUGCGGAGCUGGCCAUCCGCGCCCUGGAGUCGCACUUGGAGGUGUCCCGCCGUCUGGGCGUGCCGUCAGUCAAGCUGCGCAUGACCAAGUCCGGCCGCGGCGUCGGCACGCACGGCUCCGCGGCGCAGGCCUCCAACUCGGUCCUGUCGGGCGGCGGCGAGGCGUCGGCCGACGGCGUGGGGCUCAAGGGGCCGCUGUUGGACACGGACGACGGCGAGCUCAUGGAGGAGUUCCGCACCCGCGUUCGCGACCUGGCGGAGGUGGACGAGACGGUGGUGCUGCUGGUGGACACGCGCUCGCCGGGCUGGACGGUGCUGUACACCUCCACCGGCUUCGAGGCGCUCACUGGGGUGCCGCGAGAGGCGGCGCUGGGAGCUACACUCAAUGAGAUCAUGGCGCACGUCAGCGGCGACCCUCGAGUGGUGUGGGAGGGCGUGGAGCGCGAGGCCACGGCCGGCAAGCCCUUCGUCACGCCGCGGGUGUACUGCAAGGGCUCCCCCGCCACCACCUUCUACCUGUCCUUCCGCCCCGCCGCCACCGACGACCUGGACGACCAGACCGUCACGCUGGGGGUGCCCGCAGCCGUGCCGCAGGCCGCCUCCGCCUCCACCAGCCGCCUGUUCUUCGCGCGACUGCACACCACCCCCGACGCGCCCGCCAACAGCCGCGAUCAGUCCCGCGCGCUGACGCCCAUCCUCACCACCGGCCGCCGCCUGCCGCCCUCCAUCGCCAUUAACCCGGUGCACGGCCUCACAGACCUGUUCCAGGACCUUGUUGUGGGCCAGGUGCUGGGCCAGGGCAGCUACGGCACCGUGUAUCACGGCAGGUGGCACGGCGUGGACGUGGCCAUCAAGGUCCAGGACAUGCACAUUCGCUCUAAUGAGGAGCGCCUACGUGCCGAGUUCGAGGUGGGGCUGGGGCAGCGGCUGCACCACGUCAAUGUGGUCCACACGCUGGCGCACGCCUCGGCGUUGCUCGAACGCUCGCAGGACUCGGCCCUGAUGGCGAGCGGCUCCAGCAGCAAUUGGAACGCCGGCCUGCCCAUGUUCCCCAUGGGCAUGGUGCCCAUGGGUGACUUCGGGCCGCUGGUGGGGCCGGGCUUCUUCGCCUCCUCCGCCUCCAACGCCCGUGCGGAGCGUGAGGGCUCCCCCAUGCUGCAGCACGGCGCCAGCGGCGUGCACACCACCGCAGCCAACGCAGGCGCCGAGCCCGGGCCGGCCUUCAUUCCCUUCUUUGCAGCGGACGACUCGGCCGCGGCCGCCACGGCAGCGGCGGCGGCUGCUGCUGCUGCCGCCGCGGCGGCGGCGAGUGCCUCGCACAGCGGCCCCAGCGCGCGGGCGCAGUCAGCGGCGCACGGCUCCGACCGCACGUCUGUGUCGCAGCUGCCCUCGCCCUCGCCGCCCUCUUCCUCACCGCCGCUGUCGCUGCUCAAGACGUACACCUCGGCCGGCGGCAGCAUCGCGCUGCCCAUCGUGUCUGGGGCCAACAGCAACAUGGUCCGCGUGGCGCUUCCGUCUGGUGCGCAGGUGCCCAUGCUUCGACACCAAGCCCGCACGGCGGAGUUCGGUGGCAACAGCAGCUCGGCCGCGGUCAGGCCGCUGCCGCCAAAGUCCGCCACCGCCGCCGCCGUCGGCGGGCCGCCGACCGCUGCCGAGGUGGCGGCGCUGGCGGCGGCGCUGGCCGCGCACGGCUCGUCGAUUGGCGGCGGCAGCAGCGGCGCCAACCGCUCGCCGUCCGAAUCCGCGGGCAUGGCCGCAGCCUCGGCAGCCAUGGCAUCGGCGGCGGCGAACGGCUCGACGCUAGGGUCGCGGACAACGUCGGGGCUGAUGGCGCCGGGCAGCGGCCUGGCGGCGGCGGCGUCGGGGCCGCCGACGGCGCCCACGUCGGGCCUGGUGGACAGCGCGACGGUGGCUCUGCUGACCUCGCGCGGCUUCGGUGGCGUGACGCGGUCGGGCUCCUUCACGCGCCCCAUGUCCUCUCGUGCGCCCAUGCUGCACACCAUGGAGGAGGAGACGGAGGCGGGCGAGGUGACGGCGGGCUUCAACAUCCAGCACGACAGCGCCGCCGCCAACGCCAGGGAGAUGGAGCCGUCGACGGCAACCGGCGACAUGCGGGACACAGUUGAUGAGGAGGAGUUCGGCAUGUCGCCCUUCGUGGUCGCCGGCGGCAACGCCGAAUGCGUGACUGCCAACGCCAACGUCCUCUCCACCGACGCGGCGACGCCGCUGUCAACGGCUGGCUGCGGCCUGGGGCCGGACGGCAGCAACUGCCGCCGCCAGGGCGACGCCGCCGGCAGGUUCGACUUCGGCACCGCCGCGGGCGCCGGCGACGGCUCAGUUGCGGUGCCUGCGCACACGCCGUGUUGGCAGCAGGUCGGCCCAGCCGCCGGCGGCGUGGCGGGGGCUGCGGCCGCGGCCGGCGGCGGCGGCGACGCCUGCACGAGCGGCGCGGUGGCUCGGAAGACGACGGCCAACGUGGCUGGGCCGAUCGAGGCGGACCUGUCGGGCCUGACCUACCCCAUCGACGUGCGGCUGUGGAUGGUUCUGGAGUUCAUGGACAAGGGCAGCUUGCAGGACGCCAUUGACCGCGGCUGGCUCCGUGAGGGUCGCACCGCUGACCACGCGCCCGACUACCCGGCUGUGCUGGCCACGCUGUCCGAGAUCGCCGCCUCGCUAGCCUACAUCCACUCCCACGACGUCGUGCAUGGAGACCUGUCGGCCGUCAACGUGCUGCUGCAGUCGGUGCACCGGCAGGGCGGCGACGGCGACGCCGACGGCGGCAUGGUGGACUGUGCGGGCCGCGGCUUUGUGGCUAAGAUCAGCGACUUUGGUCUGUCCAUGCAGCUCAUGGGGCCAGACCAGGCCAUAAAGACCGCGGCGUACGGCACCAUCACACACAUGGCGCCCGAGGUGCUGCGCAACAGCGCGCUGUCCAAGUCUGCGGACGUGUACUCCAUCGGCGUUCUGCUGUGGCAGAUGGUCACCGGCAGCCGGCCCUGGGCGGGCCUGUCGCACCUGCAGGUGUCGGUGGAGGUGGGUCAGAACAACAAGCAGCUGCAGUGGCCGCGCGGCGUACACGCCGGCGUGCAGUCGCUGGGGCAGCGCAUGCUGGCGACGCGGCCGGAGCAACGGCCCACCGCGGCGCAGGUGGCGGCGGAGGUGGCGGUGCUGCUGCAGCAGGUGCCGCAGUACGCGUAGGCAGAGUGGGCAGAGUGGGCAGGUGGGCCAGCAGGCGCCAACAAGGAACGCGGAGGCCGCAGCGCGCCCGGGCGCGGGCGCGAGCGGCGGAAGGUGCAGGCGGGGGCGGGGAUGCAGGAGUUGAGGUCGGGACAGGAGCGGCAGGAUUCAAGCUGCGCGGAGGGCAGCCGGCCGAACACGAGGGAGGCAGCUGCGGGAGACGUGGGGCAGGCGCACACGGGCAGGACAUGUCGGGGAGUUGCGCGCAUCUCUGCGUCGCUGACGUCGAAAUUGGGAAUUGCUGCAGGGCAGUGGCUUUGCUGGUUGUUGCUGGCGUGCAGUGGGCGGUUGGGUGCACUGCAUAGAGGAGUUGGAAGUGUUGGGCGUACAGGGUACCGGUAGCAGGUGUGAAGGGCCCGCACAUCUGGGUAUGCACACAUUGGGGUCCAUGGGUGCAGCUUGGUGCAGGCGGGCGCAUUAGGGUAAGUACGGCUGUGUCGGGGAUGGCGGUUGUGCACACAUGGCCUAAUGCACUACGGCGCGGCGUGUGAGCGCGUGCGGCCUCGCAGGGCAGUGCGAUUGGCGCCGCCGGCGCCGGGAGGUCCGGCUUUCCUUCCUAGAUGCAUCUAUUUCAUGCAUGGAAAGCACGCACGGUACUUUUCGUCCAAAGUAAUAAUGCAACAAUUGUAUUUGCGCGAGCUGACGGCGCUUGCUCGCGCUUGUUUCAUUUGGUUGUUGCGGGUGCAGGGAGAAUGCCGUGGUUGAGGUCCACGUAGAUUGGGAAUUGGGAAUGAUGACAUGAGGUGCACGAUCCAUGAAGCAGUAGCAGGUUUGCUGGACACGGCGGAUGGAAUGCUUCCAUGGCAAGGCAAGGCGAGGCGCUUAACCCGUGUUGAACCCUAAGUUGGACUGGCAGGAAUUCAUGGAAUUGACUGGGCCGGUGGGCGUGGGGCCUGGGGCACCAAGCCCCCAGAGCGAGGUCCUCAGCAUAGGUUGCAAGCCUGCAAGGGGUGCGCUCAAGAGGGGCCGGCUCUUGGGGGGUGACGCUGCAAUGGUGCGCAUAGGCGCCGGUAUGAGCGCAUGGCGCGCCAGAUUGGGUUCCCGGGCUUUCAUGUGCAUGUGUAUGCGCGUGCGCUUUUCCCGUUAUGUGCGUUGACGUGCCUGCAGUGUGCCAGGUAGCGUUGAGGAGCUACCGGAUGUUGAAGGCCCCGCUGUAGUUUCAAGUACACAAAGUAUUGAUUGUAGGGAAGGUCGGCGCGGCGCGUGCUUGCGCCUGCGCGGAGAUUCUUCACGAAUAUCACGAUAUGUUGACGGGCAUGCUAUGCUGCAAGUAGUGGCCUUACUGUAUGCAUGGCUGUGCCGGGUCAUCCAAGUGGCGCGCGUCCAACUUCAGAGGAGGGCGUGCGAUGGGGGCUUCAUUGGCUGAUUUGGGUUUACGUGGAGAGGGGCAACCCGGAGAUUGUGCCUGGACGGUCGGCAGGCAGCCAUAUUGUGGGCGGUAGCAAGCGGUUUGGCCGGGCGCGCACGUAUGCCAUGACGCAUGAGCGCCUGGAAAGUGGGCUUUACGGGUGCCGAUACUGCAGCUAGGCUUGCCGGUGUUGUGGUCAUGGCCUGCAGUUGGCCAGCCAACCGCCAGCCAAGCACGGGGCAUCACAGGCGUCGCGUCACGUGGCCCAGCCGGUUGCAGCGGGCUAGCUGCAGGCUAGCUCGCUGGCUGGCUGCCCAGCCCUGCCCUGGGUACGAAGCUGUAACGUCACCGCAGU